AUGGCUGCCGUCAACAUGGAACUCACGCAAACGUCAAGAAAAAAAAGGCAAGACUCAUGUGACACGACCCUGCAGACCCAAGAGCUGAUAUGCAUUGAAGUGGAACAGCGCCCGUGGCUCUACGAUAACUCGCGCGGGGAUUAUAAGGAUAUCAUUAAGCGCGAUAACGCUUGGGAGGCUAUUGGCCGCAUGGUUUCAAUGUCAGCGACCGACUGCCAGAAGGCCUGGAGGGGAAUCCGGGACCGAUAUGCACGUGAAUUGAGGUCCACAGAGAGUAAACGCAGUGGCAUGGGCGCUGGAGAAGUGUACCAGUCCAGUUGGCCACUUUUCAAAACCUUAAAGUUUUUAAAGGAAUUUAUCAAGCAGCGCAGACUUUUCAGGACUAAGAAGCUUCCAGCACCUGUACCAAUGCAACCAGUGCAUGGCAGUAUGCUUGCUGCCAUUCCUGCAGAUGGGCAGGAUAGAACUCCUCCACUCUAUCAAAUAGGGACGACAGCCUUGGGGGUGUCAAACAACGAGGCAGGUGAAGAAGAUAGCCCUGUGUCCAGUGAGUACUCUGUUAUGUCCCCAGUGGAGCCUAAUUGUGUCGGAGAGUAG